UCCACACGCCCAUCCAACGGCGAGAAAUCCGCCUACUUUCCCGAUAUAAAGCACCCCCGAGAAACCAUCUGGGGCUUAAACCCUCCCCCAAAAUCGAAACCGCAAUAGGGUUUUGGACUCUUAGCGAGAGAAGCAGAGGAAGCUGUUCACCAGGUCAUCAUCAUGGCCUUCUUGGGUAAAGUCGGCAAUAUCCUUAGGCAGUCUGCAAGCAAGCAAGCGAACACAGAAUUUUCUGCAACAAAAUCAUUUAUAUACCAGACGAUAAGAUGCAUGUCGUCUUCUAAGGUUUUCGUCGGAGGACUCAGUUGGGGAACUGAUCAGCAAGGUUUGUCGGAAGCCUUUGCGAAGUAUGGGGAAGUUAUUGAAGCAAGAGUGAUUAUGGAUCGUGAAACUGGUAGGUCAAGAGGAUUUGGCUUUGUCACCUAUACCUCAUCUGAAGAGGCCUCUUCUGCCAUCCAGGCCUUGGAUGGGCAGGAACUGCAUGGUCGAAUGAUAAGGGUGAAUUAUGCAAAUGAUAGGCAGCCACCAAGGUUUAGCUCUGGCUAUGGUGGUGGCAACUAUGGCUAUGGCGGCGGCGAAGGCGGAGGCUACAGUGGCGGCGGCGGCGGUUACGGAGGAGGCAAUUAUGGUGGCGGUAGCUAUGGGGGUGGAGGAAAUUAUACAGGUGGAGGUGGUGGUGGCUAUGGCAGUGGUACAGGGUACGCAAACGAUGGUGCUGGCGGUGGCUAUGGCAGUGGUACAGGGUACGCAAACGAUGGUGCUGGCGGUGGCUAUGGCAGUGGUACAGGCCAUGCAAACGAUAGUGCUGGCGGUGGCUAUGGCAGUGGUACAGGCUACGCAAACGAUGGUGCUGGUGGUGUAGCAUAUGGAAGUGGUGGUAAUUACCCCGUUGCAGGAGGCAGCGGCGGUGGCAACAAUGGCAACUAUUAUGGCACUGGUGGUGAAGGCAGCUUUUCUAGUGCUGGAUAUGGGGCUGACGCAGGAGGAUUUGGUGGGGGUGUCGAUCAAGUCGAUAGUAGCCAGGGUGAUGGAAUGGGGAGUGCAAAUGGAGGUCUUGGCGAUAAUGAUCCUUUGGAAGGGAAUUCCCGGGACGAAGACGACGAACCCAACAACGACUAUGCCAAAAGAGCCUGAGUACGCUGAUGUUGCAGUAACUUGAUUGUGCUUUUUUUUAUAAUUUAGCUCUUUGUUGCUGUGUAGUUUCAAGAAACUCUAUUCCGCCUCUGUUAUCUCUGGAUUUUUACAUCAUUGCUGUUAAGGGAAAACAUAUUCACUCUGCCAA